CUCGAUGUGGUAACGGUGUGUUUUCUUUUUGAUUCUCUCUCUUAGAAGGAAAUGGUAGAACGGUUUAAAGCAAAAAUGUCAUGAGGCUAAAUGAAAUGAGGCUAAAUUGCAGAGCUAGGACAUAGAGAAAAUCGAUUAUAAGAAAUUUAAAGUCGCUGUUACCUGGUGUUGUUCUCUCGGCCCAACCAAUGUUCACUAGGACCCUGCGGGGCACAAAACCGUCGUGGAGUCAGCCAACGGAAGAGGAAAUAGAGAAACAAAGCUACAACCCCCAGAAAAAAAUGAGGAAAAGAAGAUGAUAAUACUGAACCACUCUAAAACCACAAGAAAAGGCCCGCCUAAGCCCGUGGGGAACGACCCGUAUUUGUUGUGUUUUAGCUGUACAUUGUUGUCCUGUUGUGAUUAGAGCUGUUCGUUUCUGUGCCACCCUGGAAAAGUAUAGCAACCCAAAUCCUGCUCCUAGCGCCACCAAUAAUCCCGUCAGCGUCGUGGUGGUGGUCCGUUAUGUUUGUGCGCAUCGUUCGCCACCUAGUUGUUGCUGCCUCGAAUGCCUUUCGUGUUAAUCUUCUUCCGUUCAAUGCCCGAUCGAUUAGUCACUGGUGCUCCUCUACCGACACACGUGUUCUUAGUUCCUGGAAUGUCCCGCAAAAAGGUUUAGGACGAAAUAGAAAAGACACAAUAGAGCAAACGUAACAACACGGCAACGCUGUACUCAACUCAAGAAGGUGUAAAGCCGGAAGCCAAGGAAAAUUGGAAAGUCAACGCGGCAGGAGAGGAAAAAUCAAUGAAGAAAAAAACCAAAAACAAAUACACUUUCUCAAUGGCUGUUGAAUAUUAUUAUUACAUAAUAUUUAUUAUGAUUAUGUACAUACAUACACAUAAAUAUACAUAUACAUAUACAAUAUAUACAUAUAUAUAGAUAUAUACAUAUACGAUAUAUAUAUUUAUCAUAGUUGAAAUUGGGUCGAAGAGCAAACAGAACGUGUCUAAAUAUGGUCGGAAAAUUAGUCAGAUUAACUGUGUACUCGAAAACAGCUACAUAUUUCAGAUGCCAAAGUAGAAAGACAAAUUUAAAAGGAUGCAAAGUAACGCGAGGGAGGGUGCUGGGAGUAGGAGAGAGAAAAAGAGAGAACGUAAUAAAAUGAAAGGUUAGAAAAAUUGUGCUGAAUGGAGCAAAAUAUCAUCCAAGGGACUAGAACAAUCCAAACCAUACUGAACUGGUCUAGUAAAGAAAUCAAUCACUUUUGAUCACGCCAUUUCUCGGAGGUUUCGAAUGAUACAACAAACAAUUUUAUCAAUUUUAAACAACGAGGACACCGCUCCUCCUCCUGGUGGAAGGCCAACGCGAUGUAUACAACUGGCAGCGAACGGAUAGAGUCCUCAAAUAUAUACACAGAAAGGUAACUAGCGAAGCAUCAUUAAACGCAUUACUAAACAGCCGCUUCAAACUCAUAACUGAUCCAAUGAAUUCUAAACAAAACAAAAUCAAUGGUAGCAAAGAAAAUAUCAGAGUUAAUAAACCAUGAGGCGAUAAAACGUGAGAGCGUAGCGAAAACGAAGUGGACAUCCGUACAUUCAAACGAAUAAAUCUAAAUAUCCUCGUGGCUGAGACGAGCACAGCAAAACUGCAAGCUGAAUGUUAAAUCGUACAACCAAUUGGAACAUGGAACAAGAACAGAGUUUUUCAAAUCCGUGCUUUAGUGUCACGCAAAUGGCUGUAACGGUGACAAUUAACUAACAGAGCCACAACGAACAUCCGGAAAACCGAUAGGAAAAGCGAACGCGGGCGAACUAUCCCCGCCAGCUUUAUACCUUUAUCUUCUCUCUGUGUUAACCCUCCCGUGCCCGUUUUCACCCCAAUUAAUCCCAUUUUAUUCAUGUUGAAUGAAUGUCGAUGUGUAUGUAAAUAGAAGAUGGAACCAAACUAAACAAAAAUAUCCUUUCGAUAAAGAAACGGCAUAAACAGAUAAUUCCAUGAGGGAAAGCAAAAAUUGAACCAAAAAAAAACACUAAAUAUUGGAUGUUUAUAUAUUGCAAAUGGUGAAGCAAAUUUGAAUGAUCGUUGGAAAACGCGAGCCAAAU